GAUGUAUCAUGGAAGGAAAGAAGGAUGAGAAGAUAGCACACUGAAUGAAGGCGAAGCAGAGAUUGCUAUUUCACAUGCAAAGAGACUUGCUCACUCAUGGCGUAGUCCAUGCUUCCAAUAUUGAAAUUAUUACCCAUAUGUUAUGCAGGUUCUAUUACUAAAGAUGUUUAGAAGCAAUGAGGACAGGCUAAAGGAUAUAUCAAACUGUGAAUGUAGCUUCUUCUUGGUCCCCAACGCGACUUCAUACAACUAAAUGCAAGACGGAUGCUUCUUAUUGUUCUAGAAGUGGCAGAUUGGUCAACCAGUGGUUAUCAGGGAUGCUGGAGGACAGGUUAUUGAUUGGCAAAGCCAUUCAACAACGUACCUCAUCUACCCUAGCAGAAGAGGCAUUAGCUCUGCGUCUUGCAGUGGGAAGGGUAAUGGCAAAUGCUUUUUCAAGAGUCAUUUUUGAAGCAGGAAAAGUUGGCUUGAAUGGUUUGAAUGGUUUAAAUGGCUUGAAUGGCAAAUUGCUCCCGUCGUGGAACCCAUAUGGAGAACUCUGCUACUAGCUUUUGAAUGGUUUGAUUUUGUGGUUGUGCCUGGAAUAGCUAACAAAGCUACUUAAUUGGGUUUUUAUUGAGCGCACUGUCUACCCAUGGAAUUGUGUAAACUAGUUGACAUAGAUGUUGCUCAUCUCUAUUUCUUUAUUUAGAUUUAUUUUUAGAUAAUUAGAAAAUUGUUACCACUUAAAUCAUUAAAAAUAAAUGUUAAAUGCUAAA